CAAACACGGCAGCAGCCUCUGUUGGGGAGGACGCCUUCCGGCCAGACCCAGAGGACUGGGAGAAUCGGAAGGGAACAUGCCUCGUGACAACUGUAGGGGCAGGCGCCGUGGAGAAUGGCAAAUGUGACACCAAAGAAAAGGAAAUGACAGGGAAACUCUCCAGCGACAAGACCAGAGAAGUGCUGAAGGGAGGCCUGCGCUGGAAACACAGGUGAUCAGCCAAACACCUCCUUGUCAUUAACAGACCUUUGAAACGGAGUAAAAUGUCUUUGAAACGCCAGUGGAAUAUACGAUAAAAGUGCCCGAGGAAGGAUUACGGGACAGCCAGUACAGUUCAAAUGAUCAAAUUGCCCUUAAAAAUCUUCAGUCUGAUGUUAUAGAGAAGAAAUCUGACUUCACCGAGGAGAUUCUGGCAUCGCAAAACCCAAAAAUGAUCUCAUCCGUAGUCAUUUCACAGCUGAUUGACGAGAAUAAAUCAAAGGCAAACCGGGCGGCACUGCCCGCGCCCUGCGUGCCCGCUCUGCACGCACGUCCCGCGAAGCCAUCUCGGGCGACCCGCAGCGGGGUCUCCAUCAGCCGGGCUUUCGCCCUCCUUCCCGGCAAGCGGGCCAUCCAGACACCUGCGCGGAAGCCGGGACCUGACCCCGAGCUGCCGUCCAAUGAGGAGAAGCCGUGCAGCGGCCCCCAAAGGGGCUUUGCAUCCAUCACCAUCACGGCCAGGCGUGUGGGCCCCCCAGCCAGCGCCCUGGCGUGGGAGGCCGUGGGGGACCCUCUGUGCACCAAGUGCGCGGCCCAAGGCGCUCUGCUCGGGGACCCCUCUGCUCCGGCCGGAGGUACUUAUCCCCGCCCGCACCAUGGACCAUUCGCUUGCACGGAGUUCUCCAGAAACUGCUCUGUGGUGACGCUGAAGCUUCCCGAGACCCAUCCCCGGCCGUGCGGGGGUCACGAGUGCUGGGUCACCAAUGUGGACAACCGAGAGAACGGUUUUCCUCCAGGGGCCCCGCAGGCGGGAAAGAGGCCACUGGUGUUCAGCUCCUGCAUCCAUCUCAGGGUGUCUCAGCAGUGUCCGAAUUCCAUUUACUAUCUAGACCGGUCCCUCUCUGUCCCCAUCGAGCAACCUCAACUUGCUGGCCCUAAAAUGCACAGGUCGGUCCUGUCGCUCCACCUAAAUUGUAGUUCACACAGAUUGACACCAGAUGGAGUAGAUGGCACAGAGAACGGAGGGCCAAUGAGCAGAGCCUUGAAGCCGGAGCUCGCGGAGGGGAACCAGACCCUCCUAGGCCCCCGCUGGAACCCAGCUUUGCACAAAAGUCUCUUGAAGGAGAACCCGUCGCCGGAGCAGGUGCAUUUGCGGCCCAGCGCCUGUGCCUGGAGUGGCUCACCUCUGUUGGAAAAUACAGCCUUCUCGGAGGUGGGAGCCAACCAGGUCACUGGAAGAAAAGGGAAAGAGGAUUGCGCAGCUCGACACGCCGGUGACGGUGCCAACCAGCUGUCCAUUCACAUUCCUGGCUGGAGCUACACACCAGUAGAAACAAAAGUAUUUUCUGGAAGCAGCAAGAAGCAACAAGGAGAAGCACGUACAACCUUGUCUGCUCCCCCGGAGGCACAGAAGCUGGUUAAAGAUUUCCUUCCCGAGGGGUGUAGCUCUCCAAGCAACACCUGUCAAUCUAGCAACUUCUCUGAGCCCUCAGGGAGUCGACAGCAAAUCGUCCUGAAAUCCAGAAUCCUUUUUCCCGGGUUUUUUUGCCCCUUACAAGAUGUAUGCACCUCUCCACAGGAAGACAAUGGUGUUCAGGUAGAAAGAGAGUUCCCCAAAGGAGAUUACAAGUGCUGUGACUUGGUUGUAAAAAUAAAGGAGUGCAGGAAGAGGGAGGAGCCUGAGCCAGCGCCCCCCGAGCCAGCGCCCCCCGAGCCAGCGCCCCCCGUGCGACCAGAGACCCCUGACCUGUCAGAAGACUGUUCUGAGUAUCAGCAAACACCUGCAGGUUCCUUGACCUUGCAGGAAGCGCUGGAGGUCCGUAAACCCCAGUUCAUCUCUCGCUCACAAGAACGGCUGAAGAAGCUUGAACACAUGAUACAGCAGAGAAAAGCCCAGCGGAAGGAGAACCUAGCGCAGAAGCAGAGUGUCUUUCCUGUCCGCUCCGACAAGAAGCAGUUCACGGUUCCCCACCCUCUCAGCGAUAACUUGUUCAAACCCAAAGAAAGGUACAUUUCGGAGAAGGAGAUGCACCUGCGAUCUAAAAGAAUCUAUAAUAACUUGCCGGAAGUUAAAAGGAAAAAAGAAGAACAAAAGAAAAGAGUGAUCUUACAGAGUAACAGACUCCGUGCUGAAGUCUUCAAAAAGCAAUUACUGGACCAGCUGCUUCAAAGGAACGCGGUCUAAACACAGGCCGCCCUGCUGACCCCCUACCUGGACCCGAGAUGCCUUCAAACGCUGGAUCAACCAUUAAACGUAGCAUCAUCUUCAUGAAAUGAAAACUUAUUUUAUUUUGGAUUUUUUUUUUCAGAAAGGAAAAGCUAGCUUCCUGAAUUGCUUACCCAAACCACACAAGAACAGUAACCCUUGAGGAAAUGGGUCCCCAGACUCUAGAGGGGUGACCGGUGGGAUGCAAACCUCUAGACACAGCCCCUUCAUUUUUCCACUUUGGGACUUACUUUUAGAUUUGGAGUUUCAGCCACAUCCCACC